UGCUGCGCUCCCGGCCCCGCGGGAUGCCCGGGAUGCCCGGCAUGGAGGAGGCGCACCGGGCCGCCCUCCUGGCCGCCUCCUGCCUCCGCACGCCGCUCGACCCCCGCACACGGGCCCCCGCCGCGCUCUACGAGCGGGGAGCGCCGCCCGCAGCCGCGCAGGUUGGCUUUGACUUGGAUUCAAAUACCAGCAGAGAGCAGACCAGCCCUCCAAAGAGAGACUGUGACGAGUGGAUAGACUUUUCCAAAGUGUACAAUUCAAAUCAAGAGUAUUACUUGAAGCUGGAAGAGUUGAAGAAUGCCCACAUGGAGACCAUGGCAAAACUGGAAAGUAUGUAUCAGAACAAACUGUAUUUAAAAGGAGUACAAACCUUGGAUAAGAGCAAUGAUGCCUCUCCAAAGUGCUGUAGGCCAACUUGGGACAAGAGUUCAUAUCAGCCUCUUAACCUACACAAAUCCUUUUCAGACUCAGACUUGAGUGAUCCCUUGGGCUCAAGCGUAUCCGACGAGUCUGACAAAGAAUUAGCCUUUGAAGGAAACGGCAGUGAAACUGGAUCAUCCUCAUUUGCUAAGCAGCAGAUUGAAAAAAUGUGGGAUGGGUUCUGUCUGGAAGACUACAUCUCCCGUGCCAAGCACAGCUUGCCCAGCUCACCAACAGGCAGGAAGGUGCGCAAGAAACACAAAGUGUGGUCCCCCAGAGUCACCGUGCCCAAGCCUUUCCAGAUGACCAUCAGAGAAGCUCAGAAGAAAGAGCAGAACAUCAAAUCCAAGUCACAGAUUGAGCUGGAAAAUCACUUACUGAAGAAGCAGCUGGAGGAGGAAGCAGAGUGUCAGAAAAAAUUCCGAGCCAAUCCCGUGCCCGCCGCCGUUUUCCUGCCGCUCUACCACGACAUCGUGCAGCAGAACGAGGAGCGCAGGAGGUCUGUGAAGGAGAGGUGCAAACUCAAGCUCCUGGCUUCCCAAAAGCCAUUCAAAUUCAUUGAGCGAGAGAGGCAAAGGAGUGAAAUCAGGAAAAUGCAGUUAAAAGACAUUUCCCUACCUGAAAAUAAAACCAAAGUGUUCAGAGCGAAGCCAGUCCCAAAAUGUGUUUAUAGUCCAGAUUUCAAUGACAGGCUAAAGGAGGAGGAGCUCUGCAGGGAAAUCAGGAUCAGGAUGAGAGCUGAGGAGCUGCUACAGAAUUCAUCUGUACCCAACAGCAGACUGGCCUUAAAAGAGACCAACAAAAAAAAGAAACACAAGAGCACUGAACCAAAGCGACCGGAACACAAACCCAAGGUCAAACCAAGCGUUCCCGAUUUUGAACUCCUACAUGAGAAAUUCCAGAAACGCCUCCUGAAAAAAAAGAAAGUGAGACCCCUCACGGUCUGUGAGCCUUUCGACCUUUGUACUUCAUACAUUCCCUCAAAAAAGGACAAGAUCUUGAAGGACAUUCAAGAGGAUGAAGAAAAAUUGAAGGAGACACGGUGGCCAUUUGCCUCUCCGAGACGGAAACCUCAGAUGGGGCAGUCAGGGGCAAACCCAUUUCUCUUGGGAGGAAAAUCCAAAUCUCCCAAAAACACUGAAUCCACGAGACGACGGCUACAAGCCAUAAGGAAUUCCCUUGAGGAAAAGAGAAAGCUGGAAGAACAACAAAAAAGGAACAGAACCAAGCAGAAACAAAGAACGAAAAAAUUCCAGAAAAUUGUGAUGGCUCGGGCUGAGGCCAAUGACCCACAUCAGAGCCUAGCUCAGAUGUCUAAAUCCAGCUUAAAAACACUCAGGAACAACGAGAAGCAGAGAAGGCGGGAAUAUUUGAAGGAAUUGCAAGAAAUGGAAGAAAGAGUGAAACAAAUGCCACUGCUUUUUGAAAGAGUCACUCAGAAAAAUGCCAGAAUAGCUGCAGAAAAGUAUUAUUCAAACAGACUGAAAGCACUGGGGAUCUGCCCAGAGUUUGUUUCAAAGAAAGGAGGAGCAGCCAAAUCACUGCAGUUCUCCACUCCUAGAGAUUUUACCUCUGUGGCUGUCAGACAAAGCAUCAUCAAGGUUAAAAAGAAAAAAAGGAAAUCCUUUGAGGAAGCAGCUGGUGACAAUCCCCAGUCUGAGCAGUCCUGGGAGGAGGAGGAGGAGGAAGAGAAGGGAAGAGGUGUCAAAACCUCCACCCCAGAUGAGCAGGGCAGUGACCUGGAGGAUGGGGACGAGGCCAGAGCCAGCCCUGAUGUCCUGGAGCCUGAAUCCAGCCGGCACAGUGAGGAGGAGGAGGAGGAGGAGGAGGAGGAAGCAAAGUCAGGCCCAUCACUUGGUCAUUCCCAGCAGGAAGAGGAGGAGGAAGACAAGGCAGACCUGUCACUUGGCUACUCCCAGGAGGAAGAGGAGGAGGAGGAGGAAGCAAAAGCAGGCCUGUCUCUUGACCAUUCCCAGGAGGAGGAGGAAGAAGAGGAAGCAAAGGCGGGCCCAUCCCGGGGCCAUUCCCAGGAGGAGGAGGAAGAGGAGGAGGAGGAGGAUGAGUCCAGAGCCAGCUCUGGGUCUGACAGGUCCCACAAGGACGAUGAAGCAGCUCAGUCAGACCCUGAAGCUGAGGGUGCCUUCCAGUAUGAGGAUGAGGAGUAUGAGAGCGAUGAUUUCGAGGGGAAGCCCAGCGAUGAGGAAGGGGAGUGACAGGAGGGGCUGGAACUCAGGAACCUCUCCCACUGCUGCCUGGGAGGAAAACUUGGUGCUUUGCUACACAUCCAAAAUUCUGGGAAUUUUUACCUCUUAGCUUAAAAAACCCUGCCAGUGCAGGAAUUCCAUUCAUUUUCCAGUAAGAAAGCUCAGAUUAGUAGUUUUCACCAAGAAAAUAAUUCAGUUUUGUAUUAACCUUCUUUGUUGCACUCUUCUGAGACAUCAGUGAAUCUCUUCUUAAAAUGAGCUGCAACCUCAUUGUUUAAUAACAAAUUACACAGUGUGCUGUGUAACUACUAAGGGCUCAGAUUUUAAAAUAAAUUUGACUUAUAGUAAAAGGUUAACAUUAUUGUUCAUAGAUAAUAUAUUUUUGAGAUAAGUGAAUUUUCUGUUCUUGGGACAGAAAAACCUUUUUGAACUCAAAGCAGCUUGUCAAAGUAAUAUGAAUUACUGAAUGGGAUUUAAAGAAAGAAAGGAAUAAAUUCAGGGUAUGGUUUCAAUUUUCAGAGAAAAUUAAUGGCAAUCAGGUGCUUAAUUCUUACAUGUCAUCAAAAAAAACCAACUUAUAGACAAAAUUUUCAUGAAAACUGAGAGAAACUGAGAGAAAAAAGCCUCCACCCACAAACCAGAGCAAAAACCUCAUAUGAAACACCUGCAAAGAGAUUAAUAAAAUAAUAAUAAAAAAGUAAAUUAAAAACCAAGACCCAGUAAUCUUGCCCUAAUUAAAUACCUUUGUGUCCACUUUGGUGCAAAGUUGUAUUUGCUGUCUCUGCCUGAAUGUGAGUGCCUGCUUCUUUCAGGGACUGGCCACUGGUGAGGCAAAGCCAGGGGAGGUUUUGGAGCAGGAAUUGCCAUUUUAUCCCUGGAAAAGGGGAAUCUUUUUACCUCAGGUAACUCUAGUUGUAUGAAACUAUGCAAGGAAGUGCUUUAAUACCUCUUCUUACUCGCUGGCUACUCAGGACUUCAGCUGCUCCACAAAAAAACUCACAAAAAAAUGUUGGGGAUUUGUUUUUUCUCUUAUAUCAGUAGUACUUCUCCUACUAUUACUGACUUUCUUGCUAAGAAUCUGUUAUUAUUUUUCUUCCUUAUUUUGUCACAUGGUUUCUCCAUGUUAGGAAGUUUUUUAAGCAUUUUUACUUUUAUUUAUUUAUGAAGUGUGAACAUAGCUAAAUGUGAAUUUGAAACUUUUUUUUUUUUAAAACUUGAAUAAAAUGUCUGUGAAAAUAUUAAUUCUCAUUCCACAA